CUGCUAGUAUACUAUAUAUACCUUUUGAAGGCAGCUUUCACCAAAGCAAAAAAUUAAAGAGAAGAACAGCGAAAGCUAUUUCUUCGAAUUCAUUAGAGAAAAAGAAACAUGCCCAUCGACUGUUUAGUUUUGGGGGCAGGACAGGAGGUAGGAAAGAGCUGUGUUGUGGUGACUAUAAAUGGCAAGAGGAUAAUGUUUGACUGUGGGAUGCAUAUGGGGUACAUGGACCAUAACAAAUACCCAGAUUUCUCUCGUAUCUCUAAGACUCGUGACUUCAACAAGGAGCUCUCAUGCAUCAUCAUCACUCAUUUCCACCAAGACCAUAUCGGAGCUCUUCCAUAUUUUACUGAAGUUUGUGGGUACAAUGGCCCCAUAUACAUGACGUAUCCAACAAAAGCUUUGGCUCCAUUGAUGCUGGAAGAUAAUCGCAAUGUGAUGCUUGGAAGGGGAGAAAAGGAGCAAUUCACUUCUGAGCAGAUCAUGGAAUGCAUGAAAAAAGUUAUUGCAGUGGAUUUAAAGCAGACUGUGCUGGUUGAUAACGACCUCCAAAUUCGAGCAUACUAUGCUGGACAUGUUCUUGGUGCUGCAAUGUUUUAUGCUAAAGUGGGCGAUGCUGCUAUGGUAUACACUGGAGAUUAUAAUAUGACAGCUGAUCGACAUCUUGGAGCUGCUCAAAUUGACCGGCUGCAGCUGGACCUUGUCAUAACAGAGUCAACUUAUGCAACCACCACCCGUGAUUCCAAAUAUGUUCGGGAGAGGGAGUUUCUCAAAGCAGUUCACAAUUGUGUUGCUAGUGGAGGAAAGGUGCUCAUCCCUGCAUUUGCUCUUGGAAGAGCUCAGGAAAUCUGUAUGCUAUUGGAUGACUAUUGGGAGCGGAUGAAUCUUAAUGUUCCUAUUUAUUUAUCCGCAGGUUUGACUAUUCAAGCUAAUAUGUACUAUAAAGUUUUCAUAAACUGGACCAGCCAAAAGGUGAAAAAUAGUUCCACAACACGCAAUGCAUUUGACUUCAAAAAUGUUCGCAGUUUUGAUCGUUCCAUGAUAAAUGCUCCUGGACCUUGUGUCUUGUUUGCUACUCCGGGCAUGUUAACUGGAGGAUUUUCACUUGAAGUUUUCAAGCAAUGGGCUCCGUGUGAACAGAACCUGAUAGCACUUCCAGGAUAUUGUGUGGCUGGGACAGUAGGACGCAAGUUGAUGUCAGCUAAAACUCCUGCCAUAAUAAAUGUUGAUAAAAACACCCAGAUUGAUGUGCGUUGCCAGAUUCAUCGGCUGUCUUUUAGCGCACAUACUGAUGAUAAGGGAAUCAUGGAUCUGGUCAGAUUUCUAUCACCUAAACAUGUGAUACUUGUCCAUGGGGAAAAGACCAACAUGGCAAAGCUCAAAGAGAAAAUUGAAUCUGAUUUGGGGAUCCUGUGCUUUUAUCCUGCAAAUAACGAGUCUGUGCCCAUUCCCUCAACUCUCUAUAUUAAAGCUGAUGUAUCCAAAUCAUUUCUCAAAAGUUCUUUGAGCCCAAAUUUCAAGUUUCUAAAAACAAUUUCAAGAGCAGACGCUGAUGAGAGAGCCAAGUCUUCUGUACAAGUAUAUGAUGACAGAGUAGCUGAAGGGGCACUCAUCAUGCAGAAAAACCCAAAAUUUGUACACCAGAAUGAGCUAAUGGUCAGCUUAGGAGCAGAAAAUCAUGAAGUUCUGGUUGCUUACUGUUGUCCAGUGUGCGUCUCUGAUGAGCUCAAAGAUGUAGCUCCGUCACCAGGAGAAAACAUGCCUCCUGUGCUUGAUAAACGCUCCUUGGUACAUUUAUUAUAUACAAAACUCUCCAAUGAUUUUCAAGAUGUAACUAUUCAGAAUGAUGGAGACCAUCUCCAGAUAAAGUCAUUUACUGUCUCUCCUUGUCUGAAGGAGAUGUGUCCUCAUAGAAUACAGGUUAAUCCUGAUUGCACAUCUAAAGCAGUAAACUUCUGCUGCACGUGGUCAAUGGAAGAUGAGAAACUUGCUUGGGGGGUCGUCUCAAUCAUGAAGGAUUUGGAGUUGAAGACUGGUUAAGUGAUCGUGCUCAUUUAGAAUUGGAAAAAAUGUUCUGAUGAGGGUCCUUAGUGGAGACAUAAUCCAGUUUACUCUCUUGUGAAAUGUCAAGAACCUUCAUGUACUCGAUGUUUGAAAAUUACAGCAUCUGGAGUAGUUGACUGUAUCAAGAGCCUGUGUAUAGUCGUAUCGUUUAUAAUUAUUGUGGGUUUACGGAAGAGGAAUGAAGUAUCCGAAGAAAAAUCAAUUGCAGUUUGAUUGUAUUAAGUGCUAAUGUGAUGUUUACAUUUUUUGCGAUGAGGAAUUAUUGAGCUCUUUGGGGCUAUAGCUUGUUUUGUGCCCAUGACAACACUUAGCUGUGCUUAGUGCUUUUGUUGCCAUACAAAUUUUUAUUUCCUUCUUUGGUGAAA